UUGCUGGAACAAUACUCUAGGACGGGAUCUUUGUUCACGCACAACGUCGUCCUAAUGCCUCUUGGAGACGACUUCAGGUACGAUCACGCGAUCGAGUGGGACCAACAGUACACCAACUACAAGAUCUUGAUGGACUACAUAAACAGUAGGAAGGACGAGUACAACGCAGAGAUAGUGUUCGGGACGCCCAAGGACUAUUUCCGCGAGAUCAGGAAGCGGAUGAACGACUUCCCAACGCUGAAGGGCGACUUUUUCGUCUAUUCGGAUAUCUUCAGCGAAGGUAGACCAGCCUACUGGAGCGGCUACUUCACCACAAGACCGUACAUGAAGAUCCUGGACCGCGAACUCGAAGCGAACCUUCGAUCGGCCGAGAUACUUUAUACCAUCGCGUUGAACGUGGCCAAACAGUCCGGUAAGGACUUCAUGUUAUACGAGACGUACUUUGAGAAGUUGGUGAAGGCAAGACGGAAUUUGGGCCUGUUCCAACACCACGACGCCAUCACUGGUACUUCCAAAUCAUUCGUCAUGAAGGAUUACGCCCUGAAACUGUUCGAGUCCAUUUCGGACACCACCAGUCUGCAGAGCUUCGCUAUUCAGUCUUUGGCUGGGACGACCACCAAACCAAAUUCCGUUUAUGUCCUAGCCGAAUCGGACAGGGACAGCUACGAAAAGCUACCAAAGAAGAUUCCCAUAGGAGUCAACGGGCAGGAUACGAAGAAGAUUGUCCUAUUCAAUCCUUUGGCUCAACCCAGGCAGGAGGUGAUCAGUCUAAAAGUCACCUCGUAUAAAAUUAAAGUACUAGACCCUCAGAAGAAUCCCAUUCCCUAUCAAAUCGCGCCAGUGAUGAACGCUACGAGUAUCACACACGACGUGUACGUUCUGUUGUUCAUGGUAGAGCUGAAACCCUUAGCCAUCGCGACCUAUCACAUCCAGCAGAUCGACAAGGUACCAAUGGAGGCAAUCUCAACGGUCUACUGCAGUAGAUGCGGCAAGGACAGUGUAUUCCCCAUGAAACCCUUGCAGGUGGGCGAUGUUCAAUUGGAGAACCAACGAAUGAAGCUUCUGUUCGAUGGGCAGACCGGGUUUCUGAAGAGGGUGACGAAAAAGGCAACCGGUAAGAUCAUGCAGUGCACCAUUCAGUUCGCAGCCUAUCCGUCCGCGCAGUUUCACAGCGGUGCAUAUUUGUUCAUGCCCGACCCAAACCUCCGAGACACCGAUAAAGACGUCCUCGAGGCGUACACGCCCCACCAGAAGAUCUACAUCGUCAGUGGUAGCCUCAGUUCACGGUUGACCGUCGAAUACGGUAAGCUACUAACACACCACGUGGCCAUUUAUCAUAGAGACGGUGGUCUGGGCGAGGCUAUCUAUGUGAGGAACAUAGUGGACUUCGAAACACCACCAAAGAACCGCGAGACAGAGAUGUUCAUGCGUCUACAGACUGACAUUCUGAAUGGAGAUCCACCGGAGUUCUACACAGACCUAAACGGACACCAGAUGAUCAAGAGAACGAAGAUAGAGAGGAUCGGGAUCGAGGGUAACUACUUUCCCAUAACCACGAUGGCCUACAUCGAGGACACCAAUCACAGGCUCACUCUGCUGGUGAAUCAUUGUCAAGGAGCUGCCAGUUAUCAACCAGGCUGGCUGGAAGUGAUGCUGGAUCGAAGAACCUUAUACGACGAUUCGCGAGGAAUGGGAGAGGGUCUACUGGACAAUCGAAGAACCGUCAUCAAGCACUGGCUACUGUUAGAGGAUAUCACAGGGGAGAAGGACAAGUACUCGAAGCCAUCCCUGUUCGCCAAUCACCUAAGCAACGCGCUUAACUACCCCGUGAAUAUCUUCGUGGUGGACGGGACAGAUGGCGACAUCGCUAUGGUGCCGGAGGUUAGGCUACUAAGUCAGAGCUUCCCUUGCGACGUUCACCUGCUCAAUCUGAGGACCAAUCACGAUCAGAAACUGCCACAUUUCCCGGUGAACAACGCGCUGAUGGUGCUUCACAGACAGGGCUACAGCUGUUCCGUGGGGGUGGACAUUACCCUUAAACACUGCCCGCUGACGGAGAAGAUCCCUCAAGGCACGUCGUUCUUCAAGCUCGCGAACCUAAACAUCACCAAAACCUCGCUGACAGGUACGAAGACGAUGCAUCGGUUGAGGAACGGUCUUCAGGAUGUCAGCCUCCAGCCGAUGGAGGUCGAAACGUUCAACGUGAACUUUGUCCAAUGAUCGUAAGCCUGCUUCUCGGGGUGAAGCUCGCCACCGGGAGCCAGGAAUCGUUUUUAGUCUUCGCGAUGCUGACGCCUAUGGUCCAAAAGCGUUCGUCUACCUUCUGGACAGGACACUGCCGAUCUGCUUAACCCUGGCAGAUGCUACCUCUUCGAAACUUCGUGCAAUUCGUUGAAACUUUAGACCGUUUACGUAGGAUACUUGCGAAUUCCAUGUUCUUUUUUACCCUGUGUUUUAACGUCGACCCUUCCCCCCAUCGGGGAUGAAGCCUCUCAAGUGUAAAUAUUUGACGCGUCGCCGUGGCGAGGUUGAUUGGCGAUCCAACGGGACGAUAACGUUCCAAUCUGUCCACAUCCCAGUGUACAUACACAACCAGGCUAUCGUACUCUAUUCCGUUUCUUCAGUUCAGUUUCCCUAGACGAAGACUAGGACGACGAGCUAGGAGGAGAGAGUCGAAGGGAGAGAAAUGAAAUCGUGCAGACCUGCUGUCCUCUAGCUCACGCGUAAACUUGCAAGCUUCCUCGUGCCUCUCGGAUCAUUCUCAUCGACUUUAGCAACUAUAGUAACAACAUAUUAAUACUUGGUUCGCUCUGGCCACUUUUAAGGCUCUUUGUUCACAUUCUCUAUUGUGGGGAUUCAGUUUGGGUCUUCAGUUCGUGGAUAGUGGGUCUCGAAAGUGCGCCAAUAUAGACUGACAACACAAUCAAACGUUCAAAGUGCAUUACACAGGCUCCUGAUCGAUGUAAAUGUAGGGAUUCAACUCGAGCGAGAUGCACGAGAAAAGCGAACGACGAACAGGAUGCUCCAUUCAGCCUGACUACUUGAUUCCCCCAUUGUUAUGGGGUCUAUUGUUUAGUUUAUAUUCCAUAGAUUCUUAAGCCAUUCCUACGGGUGAACAGCAGUAAGGGGCCAAAUCUGAAUCGACGGUGGGGGCCUCUCGCGGCGAAACUAGGAAACUCUUGGCAAGGGUAGACCUAUGCUUGUCUCUCCUGCACAUUACUCCUGUUGGCCCCUAAUCAGAGCUGUACUUAUAACCUAUACUUCUAAUCAAAGUACUUCUAUUCCUUAUCCUCUCCAACACUUCAGAUCACUCAGUAUAGGACAAUAAUAAAUUAAUUCUAUGAUAUCCAAUCUUUCUGACGAAAACUCUUGAUUCACUAAAUUAUUUCAAGUGGUCAGACCGAAAACGGCACCAUGUAGAUACUAUAAAUAUUAUAUAAUAUUGUACAUAUCAAACCACUUUACCUUAGACCGUAUAUUGUGAUAGCAAAGUAAAUAAUGUAAAUCGUAUACACCUAUUUUCAUAUGUGAAACGUUUUACGAGGGACUCUCUCUUCCUCCUCGGGCAGCCGAAGUAGAGAAAGAAAAUCAUCGCCAGGACACUCUGGUGACUUCCAACCACGGUUUUAUGCACAGGUCUGGAAAAUUCCGCGAUGGUGGUACCCUGAAUUUCCGCCAGCCACGUGGCGCUGCUAUCGCCGCGCAUGGCGAAUGCGUCAAUGGCGAAGCAUAUUUAUAAAAUGAAGGGGAUCAUUACCACCAUGGAAGUUUUUUGGACCUCUGUAUACGAGCGUGCUUCCAACGCUCUUCCAAUUCUAGCGGGGACACGAUUUAGUUUCGUGGCCGGCCCUGACCGGCUGGAAAGUACCUAUUUUUUACUUUUGCUAAGCGUAUCCGGCUGAACAUUGCGAACAGGCGUUUUGCUGUACGACAGACUCGUGUAAAUAUUAGACUAAUUUAGCGAGAAAAUAAAAGUGUGUCGCGUUUUUAGAGGCUGGCAGCUGCUGGUCCUCGCGUUUCUCUGGUGAUGACACGUGUCCUCUGUCGCUAAAGGGAACAGACAAUAAGUUUUAUCUUAAUUUUCGUUCACCUUCGCACCUGCUUUUAACUCUCUGACCAAAUGACCAUAGAACUCUAUUCGUUAAGUUUUAAUUAAUAAAAGGAAAUAAUUGUUGCACAAUUGGUAGAUAUAUACGUAUUUAUCUUAGAAAGAAUACUUUCUAUUACCUAUUGGUUUUAUUUUCUUGUUAUACAAGAACAAUAUUUUAGAGUUGUUUAGUAGAUUUUAAAUUGAUAAAAUGGCGUACUGUUCCUUCGAGUGACCUAAAGCAAGGGGGGUACAUGCUGGCUUUGAACAAAAUGGUUCUUCACCAUGAAACCACCAUGAGAUUCGCGAGGGUACCAAUGGGAAAAAAAAAUAGAGAAAAUGAUCGCCGGAGAUCCGUGACUGUCCUUGUAACGAUAUUGUAACAUAUUACGUGUUUGUGCUGUCUCUAGAGAAGAAAGAUCUAUAUUAAAGAUGGUAUAUGUAUACACGUGUACGUGUGUGGUACGCGUAUAUAGAGAUUAUAUUUGCUAGGACUGUUUGCAAAACUGUUUGCGACCAGUCAAGCAGACGAGGACAAUUACACACCACGGUAUUCCUUAUGUUACAAUGUAAUAUUAUAUUUAUUGAAUAAAGAUAGUAACUGACGUAUUUUAAUUAA